CGCCUCUGUUUUGUUUUCUCCUCUCCCUGUGGAGCGGCUCGGGCUGCCGGGGAGGCCCUGGCUCCCUCCGGACGCUCGGCCAACGGUGGCGGCGACGGCGGCUCGUCUGCGGCCCUGCCGGGAGGGAAGGGGACGCCGCGGUCUUCCCGGCGACGCGGAGCAGUAGUUCCAAAGAACUGCUGGUUCAGAUUUUAGCUCUUGCCAAGUUGUGAAAAUAGUGAAGGAUGCUUAAACUACUUAACAUUCAAAUUGCUGUCUGGUUAAUCAUCUUUAGAAGACUGGAUUUCUGGAUAUCUACUCUCCAUCUCUGUUGACUUUUAAAACAUAAUUUAGACCUAUAAUACUGGCAAUCAUCUGUGAACUCUGUGAACCUUUAGUUACAUUGAUUCGUAACGUUUGACGCUUCCUCAGGGGAAAAAACAAUGGCAUCAGCAGUGGUUGACAGUGGAGGUUCUAUUUUGGAGCUUUCCAGCAAUGGAGUAGAAAAUCAAGAGGGCAAGUUUGGAAAAAAUUGACUAUAUGGACCUAAACAUCAUAGAGAAUAAUACACAUCUUAAGAACAACCAGAACAGAAACCCAGUCAAAAGAAUUCCUAAUGCCCUUACAAACACAGACAGUGGAAAGGCUGCUGAGUAUCGCGCAGUGAUUGUGGAGCCGGUCCCCAGUGCCCGAGUAGAGCAGGGCUACGCGGCUCAGGUGUUGGUCUAUGACGAUGGAACUUACCUGAUGGAAGAUGUGGCGGAAGAGCAAGAAGUUGAGACCGAGAAUGUGGAAACAGUGGAAGCAUCAGUUCACAGCAGUAAUGCACACUGUACUGAUAAGACAAUUGAAGCUGCUGAAGCCCUGCUUCAUAUGGAGUCUCCUACCUGCUUGAGGGAUUCAAGAAGUCCUGUGGAAGUGUUUGUCCCUCCUUGUGUAUCAACUCCAGAGUUUAUCCAUGCUGCUAUGAGGCCGGAUGUCAUUACAGAAACUGUAGUGGAGGUAUCAACAGAAGAGCCGGAACCCAUGGUUACCUCUCCUAUUCCUACGUCACCAGAGAGCCAUGAACCAGUGAAAAAGAAAAAAGUUGGCCGUAAACCAAAGACCCAGCAGUCACCAAUUUCCAAUGGGUCUCCUGAGUUAGGUAUCAAGAAGAAACCCAGAGAAGGAAAAGGAAAUACAACCUAUUUGUGGGAGUUUCUUUUAGAUCUACUUCAAGAUAAGAAUACUUGUCCUCGGUAUAUUAAAUGGACUCAGAGAGAGAAGGGUAUAUUUAAACUUGUGGACUCAAAGGCCGUCUCUAAGCUAUGGGGAAAGCAUAAGAACAAGCCAGACAUGAACUAUGAAACGAUGGGACGUGCGCUGAGAUACUACUACCAAAGGGGAAUUCUUGCAAAGGUUGAAGGUCAGAGGCUUGUGUACCAGUUCAAGGAUAUGCCCAAAAACAUAGUGGUCAUCGAUGAUGACAAAAGUGAGAGCUGUAAUGAAGAGUUAGCAGCAGCUGCUGAUGAGAAGUCGUUGGAACGAGUGUCGCUGUCUGCGGAAAGUCUCCUGAAAGCAGCAGCUUCUGUUCGUGGUGGAAAAACCUCGUCUCCUAUCAGUUGUUCCAGAGUAGACAAAGGUGUGGCCAGAGCUGUGAGUAUCACAUCCCCUGGUCAGGAUGCUUCGUCCAGGUCUCCUCCUCCUACGGCGUCUGCAGCAGCAGCUGCUGCUCCAAGGACAGUUCGUGUGGCAAUGCAAGUACCUGUUGUAAUGACGUCAUUGGGUCAGAAGAUUUCAACCGUGGCAGUUCAGUCAGUGAAUGCAGGUGCACCAUUAAUAACCAGCACUAGUCCAACGACAGCAACCUCUCCAAAGGUAGUCAUUCAGACAAUCCCUACUGUGAUGCCAGCAUCUGCUGAGAGUGGAGACAAAAUCACUAUGCAGCCUGCCAAAAUCAUCACCAUCCCAGCCACACAGCUAGCGCAGUGUCAACUGCAGACAAAAUCCAACCUGACUGGGUCAGGAAGCAUUAACAUUGUGGGCACCCCCCUGGCUGUGAGAGCACUUACCCCCGUUUCCAUUGCUCACGGCACACCUGUCAUGAGACUCUCCGUGCCUGCCCAGCAGGCGUCAGGCCAGACUCCUCCUCGAGUUAUCAGUGCUGUCAUAAAAGGGCCAGAGGUUAAAUCUGAAGUAGUGGCAAAAAAGCAGGAACAUGAUGUGAAAACUUUGCAGCUGGUAGAAGAAAAACCGACAGAUGGAAAUAAGACAGUGACCCACGUAGUGGUUGUCAGUGCGCCUUCAGCUAUCGCCCUUCCUGUAACUGUGAAAACUGAGGGACUCGUGGCGUGUGAGAAAUAAGUAGCUCCAGCUGGGACUUCAGACUGUUGGUAUUAUUGACGUAAAUACUCACAAGGGAAGUCAGUCAUCAAAAAAGUCAAAGGAAGACUUUAAAAACAUUUUUAAUGCAUAUAAGAAAACAAUCAGACUUACUGGAAAUAAAUUACCUAUCCCAUGUUUCAGUGGGAAAUGAACUACACAUUGAGAUGCUGACAGAAAACUGCCUCUUACAGUAGCAAACAACUGAACCUGGCAAUGAGAAAAAGGAUUGAAAGGGACCAAGCGGCUCACUACAAUAUCCAGUUACACUAAGACUUGGAACACUAAUAUUUGUAAGAGGUUGUAUAGUUCUCAGCGGAGAGGGUUGGGAUGGGUGAUCUCAUUGUUACAUAUAGCGAUUUUUUGAUGCAUUUUAUAUGCAUACCAGCAAUUAUUACUGUGCUCGCACAGUACUCACUUAACUGGUGCUAUGUGAAGAUUCUGCUAAUAUAGGCAUUCUAGAAUGUGAAUUGAAGAAUGGAUCCAAAAGCUUCAGAGAGGAUAGCAAAAAAGAUCUAGUGCGAUUUUUUUUUUUUUUUAAAUAUCAUAUAGCUUAAGCUGAUUUAAAACAAAGGCCUUAGACUAAUUUUUGGUUUUAUUCCUUGAAAUAAGCUAAUGGCUUGUUUGUGUAAAGCUUUUUUAUUAAAAGAAAAAUUUUAAAAAUCUUGUACCUAGCACAGUAUUGUUAUAGAAUUUACAUGUAACAUUUUAUAUGGUAGUUUAAGUCUGUCAGUUUCUUAAUUGUGGACAAAUUAACAGUUGGCUCUGGCCUUUUGCUGUACCAUGCCCGUGUCAUUCACUUAGCCUGGCAUCUUUGCGGACACAGGAGUUUCAGUUCUACUGUCACUUGCAAGUGCAGGCUCAGCGUGAACUUUGUCAGGUAGCUUUAAUACCUGACGCCCCAUCCUUCCUCCCUCUCUCCUUCCCUUCCCCGACCCCCUUUUAGUUCUUUUCUUUCCUAUUUUUCUGUUUUUUUAGUUGAUGUUUUAAGAGGGAAAGUACCAGUGUUCAGAUUUGAACUAUAAUAGUUUGUAUAUUCAACAUUUGAAGUAUAUUCUAUUUUGUUGUACUCUUGUUUCAAAGUGUAUUCAAGUAGGUUUUCUGAAAUAUAGAAAUGAACUUUA